AUGAAUCGCCUUCAAUUAUUUUUAUUAUUACUAACUAUUACCACACAAUAUUUUACUAUCGUAAAUUCCACACCCCAAGCAACAAUUAUAUUCAUUCCACUAGAUGAACGUUUUACAACACGAUCAAUCGUAAUAAAUCUAGCUCGUCUUAUCAAAGAUGACUUCACUAUCAUAACACCGCCUAUAGACUUAAUCAGUCAUUGGAAACAACCAGCAAAUACAAGUGUAAUUUUUCAAUGGAUACAUGAUCAAAUUACAACUUCAUGUUCAAUGUCAACGUCAUGUUCAUUAUUGAUAUCAACAGAACAACUUAUCUAUGGUGGUCUUAUCAAUAGUCGAAUUAGCAAUACUUCAUAUGAUGAAUUAAAUUCAAGAUUAAAUACAUUAGUUGGAUUAAAACGUGAAUUUGGUUCUAAACUUCAAAUCUAUUUGAGUUCUGUUAUAAUGCGCAUACCGGCAUAUAAUGGAGAUUUCGAAGAGCCUGAUUAUUGGGCUACAUACGGUCGUCUUAUUUAUUUAUGGUCAUUUUAUAGCGACCGAUAUGCUGUACUACAUAAUCCAGCCGAUGAAGAGCAAGUUCAAAGUUUAGAAAAACAAAUACCAACGAAUAUUCUCGAUGAAUUUAUAUGGCGACGUGCAAGAAAUUAUAAUUUAACUUAUACACUCUUACAUGAUUAUAUGAAAAUUUAUUUCGAACGUAUUUGGUUAACACUGGAUGAUAAUGCUGAAUAUGGAUUAAAUAAAGCUGAAGAAAGAAAAUUAAUUGAAUUAAUCAAUGAUCCUUCAGUUAAUAUAAGUUCAAAAGUAAAUAUUUAUCCUGGCGCUGAUGAAGUUAGUUUAGCAAUACUUAGUCAAAUUGUUGUUAAUAAUGAACAAAAACAACAAGAAUCAUCGAUACCAACAUUCAGUGUAGUCUUUAGAAAUGUAACAACAAAAAAUUAUAUACCGAAUUAUGAAGGAGCACCACUUAAUGCAAGUGUUCUUAAACAGAUAACAGCUGUCGGCGGACAAUACAUCGAAUAUGAGAAUGAAACAUCUGCUGAUAUACUUGUUCUCGUCAACAAUUGGUCAACAGAUACACAACAAGAAGCACCUGAAUUACAAACUUGUGAAGAUUAUUCUGUAUUAGAUAUUAAAACAAAUAAAUCUAUUAUUGUCUAUGCUGAUGUACGUUAUAGUAAUGGAGGUGACAUUUGUUUUUCACAAUGGAUAUUAAAUCAAACACGAUUUGGCACUUAUGCAUACGCGGGAUGGAAUACAAAUGGAAACACACUAGGUACAUGUUUAAGUAAUGGCGUUUUACUUAAAUAUUAUUUGAAUAAUAAAUCAACAAAUGAAGUCGUAAAAGAAAAUCGUCGAUUUACGCUAUAUCGUUUUAUGGAAGAUGUUAAAUAUCAAGCAAAUCUUCGUCAACUUCUUUCGCUGUAUCUUACAUAUGUAUCACUCGAUCCAUCCGAUAAACUUAAUAAUGAUCCUACAUUUUAUGAAAGAUUUAUUCAAAAAGGUUUUAUAUCGUAUGGAAACACAAUAACUAAUGAAUUUACUGUUGACAAUGUUUACUAUCCAUGGAAUCGAACAUUUGAAAUUGGGUUUCAAUUAAAUGAUAAUUAA